AGAUUUUCUGACCCAUUAAAUUCCAAUCCACAACCCAAACCUGGCCCGAUACAACCCAUUUCCAAUUUACCACCCCCGUUUCACUUGCUCCCUCACUCACACCGUCUUGUACCGCCUUCUCAUCCUUUCGUUGCCGCCGUCAGAGGUUGUCCCUCUCAGCCUCUCUCCAGCGGCUCUUCCUCUUUCAAAUUCUACUCAGCGCAAAAAGGACAAGGGCACUCGGUUUGGCAUACAAGGACAAGAGGGCUUGCUUUUGCUGAAAAUAUUCAAACAAAGUCGAAAGGAUAUUUUCAGUAUACUCUCACGUCACGAUUGAGUGUUUUUUUCACAUUCCAAACUGCCCCCGCUCCGCACUCAUAGUGAAAGUGAAACACAACUGCCUAACUGAGCAAAAUGUGGAAGCGAGUGGUACAAGCACCUUCAGCUCAGGUCCGAACCCUAGCCUCACAGAGAUCCUCAUGUCUCGAACACAGCUUUCGACUCCUCAUCUUAUCACCAUCUUCCUCUUCAAUGAUGCUGUUUCAGCGAUCUUCUCUUUCCUCCACCCACGCCACCUUUACUUCCUGUUCCAGUGCGUCUGCAUUUAUGGGUCAUGAGCACGAGGAAUUUGAGGCUGAGCAUCAGAGUAGGAUCAAUACAUCCAAGCAAAGUGGAACUGAUACUGGGUAUUAUAGUCAAAAUAGUGGGCAGUUGCAACAGAAACUAAAUGGGGCAUGCACUGAUGGUUCAUGGGAUCCCCAGCAGAGCUCAAAUCAGUAUAGUCAAAGUAACAAUAGGCCUUUCUGGAGAAGCACAGGCAACGAAUUUCUGAAUGACCCAGUUCAACAAAAUGGUAAUUUUAGAGGGUAUUACGGUCAUGAAAAUAGAGGGUUGCAAAAAACCCCAAACUUGCAUGGGAAAGAUUUAGGAAAUGGAAAUAUACAGAAUUCAUAUGUGCCUGGGAAGGAGCCUUCCAUAGAAGUCAGACAGAACCUUGAUUGUUAUAAAUCACAAGGAAAUCCGGGGUCUCAGGGAAACCCAAAUCAGAAUUUUAUGCAAAGUUAUGCACAGCAUCAGCAAAAUACCAAUGGUUAUUCUGAAUUGCAUCAGCCGAACCCUAGUUAUGGACAACGUCAACAGAAUUCUAGUUAUGGAUAUGAACAGUAUCAGCAACAACCUAGUUAUAGGCAAUACCAGCAAAACCCUAGUCAUGGGCAAUACCAGCAAAGCCCCCAUGCUGGACAAUAUCCGACAAAUUCAGAUGCUUUUCAAAAUAUGAUAGCGGAUUCUCACGCAGGAAGUGAGUCAAAACCUGAAGGACAAUUGAUUGAGGCUUCGGAAAAUAGCCCAUCUAGUUCCAGUCUUGAAGAGUUGGAUCGUUUUUGCAAGGAGGGGAAAGUUCAGGAGGCUGUGGAUAUCUUGGGACUGCUAGAGAAGCAGCAUGUUCAUGUGGAUUUGCUUCUCUAUUUACGGUUAAUGCAGGCAUGUGGUGAGGCUAAGGCUUUAGAAGAAGCAAAAGUUGUUCAUGACAACAUUACAAGAUUAUUGCCUACUUUGAAUGUGAGUACGUACAACAAAAUCUUGGAGAUGUAUUCUAAAUGUGGUUCUAUGGACAACGCAUUUUUGGUUUUCAACAAGAUGCCAAAUCGGAAUUUGACAUCGUGGGACAUUAUGAUAACAUGGUUUGCUAAGAAUGGUCUUGGGGAAGAUGCCAUUGAUCUAUUUACCCAAUUCAAGAAAGCAGGCUUGAAACCUGAUGGCCAAUUGUUCAUUGGGGUUUUAUACGCUUGUAGUGUCGUGGGAGAUAUUAACGAGGGAUUGCUGCAUUUUGAAUCGAUGAGCAAAGAUUAUGCUAUUGUCCCAAGUAUGGAUCAUUAUGUGAGUGUAAUAGAUAUGUUAGGAAGUACGGGCCAUCUGGAUGAAGCUUUGGAAUUCAUUGAAAAGAUGCCAUUGGAACCUAAUGUUGAUGUUUGGAAGACCCUGAUGAAUCACUGUAGAGUUCAUGGGCAGUUGGAGCUUGGGGACCGGUGUGCGGAGCUUAUUGAGCAGCUAGAUCCCUCCUGCUUGGAUGAGCAAUCAAAGGCUGGCCUUAUUCCCGUCAAAGAAUCUGACCUGGUAAAGGAGAAAGAGAAGAAAAAAAUAGCAGCACAAAAUCUUUUAGAAGUGAGGAGCCGAGUCCAUGAAUAUCGAGCAGGUGAUAAAUCGCAUCCUGAGAACGAUGAGAUUUAUGCUCAACUUAGGGGUUUAAGGGAACAGAUGAAGGAGGCAGGCUACAUUCCGGAGACUAGAUUUGUGUUACAUGACAUAGAUCAGGAAGGCAAGGAAGAUGCUCUGCUUGCCCAUAGUGAGAGACUUGCUCUUGCUCAUGGCCUCAUCAGCAGCUCAGCUCGUUCAACUAUUAGGGUUAUCAAGAAUCUUCGUGUUUGUGGCGAUUGCCAUAACGCACUGAAGAUCAUUUCGAAAAUUGUAGGUAGAGAACUCAUCAUGCGAGAUGCUAAGAGGUUCCACCAUUUCAAAGACGGAUUGUGUUCUUGCCGAGAUUAUUGGUGAACAUAUGAAACUUGAUUUAUUCUUUUAUCUCAGGUAUUAUUACAAACUUUGUUUUGAGUA